CGCCUGGACUGCCGGCCGUGCACGAUAGCCUCCGCAACAAGUUGGAGAACCUCGACCGCCACGCCAGGGCGACAGCCAAUGGCAAGGCAAAAGACCUCGACCGGAAAAAAAAGUGCUCCAGCGAUGAGACUCUGUGCCCCGCUGUUUUUUCUCUUCAAUCCAUGUCCAGGAAAUUUUGCACCCAGCUCCAGCAUCUUUUCCGAGUCUCUCGACAGCGCCGCGCGACAACUUUAAACCCAUUGUGCCUCGCACGACAGAUCUUACAACGCGUUUCGGCCCAGAAUCGCAACUUAUCCCGACUCCGACUUAUCAAUACCGACACAUUCUAUAAAAAUGGGCUUCGAGCGUGGUGGCAGAGGCGGCGCCCGUGGCGGUGGUCGUGGUGGAUUCGGUGGUGGUGAUCGUGGUGGCCGCGGCGGUGCCCGUGGUGGCUUCGGUGGUGGCCGUGGUGGUGGUGCUCCCCGUGGUCGUGGCGGUCCUCGCGGCGGUGGCCGUGGCGGUCCUCCUGGCCGUGGUGGUCGCGGUGGUGCCCGCGGUGGUGCCAAGGGUGGCGCUGCCGGCAAGAAGGUCAUCGUCGAGCCUCACCGUCACAAGGGCGUCUUCGUCGCCCGUGGUGGUAAGGAGGAUCUCCUCGCUACCGUCAACCUUGUCCCUGGCGAGUCCGUCUAUGGCGAGAAGAGAAUCUCUGUCGAGAACGCCUCCAAGGAGGAGGGUGGCGCUUCCACCAAGACUGAGUACCGCAUCUGGAACCCUUUCCGUUCGAAGCUUGCUGCCGGUAUCCUCGGUGGUCUUGAAACCAUCUAUAUGAAGCCUGGUUCCAAGGUCCUCUACCUCGGUGCUGCCUCCGGUACCUCCGUCUCCCACGUUGCCGAUAUUGUCGGUCCUACUGGUGCCGUCUACGCCGUCGAGUUCUCUCACCGUUCCGGCCGUGAUCUCAUCAACAUGGCUACCCGCCGCACCAACGUCAUCCCCAUCGUUGAGGAUGCCCGUAAGCCCAUGGCUUACCGCAUGCUCCUCCCCAUGGUCGAUGUCAUCUUCGCCGAUGUUGCCCAGCCCGAUCAGGCUAGAAUUGUCGGUAUCAACGCCAAGCAGUUCCUGAAGCAGGGUGGUGGUCUUCUCAUCUCUAUCAAGGCUUCUUGCAUUGACUCCACUGCUCCUCCCGAGCAGGUCUUCGCCUCUGAAGUCCAGAAGCUCCGCGAGGACAAGUUCUUCCCCAAGGAGCAGUUGACUCUUGGUACGUUAACCCGUAUACCUUUCGGCUGAUAAAGCGACCAAUAACUAACAACUGCCUACAGAGCCUUAUGAGCGUGACCACGC